ACUGCACCCAGAACAGCCCAACCACACAAAUACCCCAGAUACUCCUCUGGAUCCCUGAGAUGGAGUUUCUGAUGAAGACUGUAGACCGUCAUCAACAACCUCAAUUAGAGAAAAACUAUGAUCUGGAAAACAUACUGUAGUUAGCAUUACUUAUGGUCAUAUGACUAUUGUGAAAAUAAUAAUGCAUUAUUAUUUUCCAUUCUCUCUCUGUAUAGAUCUUUAAUCAGGAGCUUCCAGACAUCUCCAACCGUUCCAACUGAGGAGUCUUCCCUCGUACUUCCUGAGGAGACUCAGACAUGGCGACAGACCCUGCGACAGAACUGCCAUUCUUCUACGGCAGCAUCAGUCGCUCGGAGGCUGAGGAGCACCUGAAGCUGGCAGGCAUGGCAGACGGGCUGUUCUUGCUGCGCCAGUGUCUGCGGAGCCUGGGCGGCUACGUAAUCUCCCUGAUAUGGGACCUGGACUUCCACCACUACUCUGUGGAGAAACAACUCAAUGGCACCUACUGUAUUGCGGGUGGCAAGCCCCACUGUGGGCCAGCGGAGCUCUGUGAGUUCUACAGUAAGGACUCAGAUGGCCUAGUGUGCAAUCUGAAGAAGCCCUGUCUGCGCUCACCAGACAACCCCAUUAGAGCAGGCGUAUUUGAUAACCUGAGGGACAACAUGCUGAGGGAGUAUGUACGACAGACAUGGAACCUGGAGGGGGAGGCCAUGGAGCAGGCCAUCAUCAGCCAGGCCCCACAGCUGGAGAAGCUGAUCGCCACCACUGCCCAUGAGAGGAUGCCCUGGUACCACGGCAAGAUCCCUCGCCAGGAGGGGGAGAGGCGACUCUAUUCCAGGGCACAGCCAGACGGAAAGUUCCUAGUCAGAGACAGGGAAGAGUCCGGCACCUUUGCCCUUUCUUUGGUGUACGGAAAAACGGCCUACCAUUACCAGAUCCUACAUGACAAAUCAGGGAAGUACUCCAUGCCAGAGGGAACCAAAUUUGACACUGUGUGGCAGCUGGUUGAGUAUCUUAAGAUGAAGCCUGAUGGGCUAGUGACAGUUCUGAGGGAACCAUGUGUGAACCGCAACAAUGCCAAACAGACUCCGGUUGUGCCCUCAGGGCGGUUGUCCAGAACAAAUAGAUACACACCGCCACCUGGAGUACCUCUUGGGGGCUCCACGGAAGUCAACACUUCGCCCCCCACAGACCGUCAGAUGCUGCCCAUGGACUGCAGUGAAUUUGUCAACCCUUACCAUGACCCCAAUGACCUGAAGAAGUUCUUCAUCAAUAGGGAGCAGCUGAUGAUUGACGAGGUGGAGCUCGGCUCAGGCAACUUUGGCUGUGUCAAGAAAGGAGUCUUCAAGACAAAUAAGGGCCACACGGAUGUGGCCAUCAAGGUGCUGAAGAGUGAGAAUGAGAAGCUGGUGAAAGAUGAGAUGAUGAGGGAGGCGGAGAUCAUGCACCAACUGAGUAACCCUUACAUCGUCCGCAUGCUGGGGCUCUGCCAGGCUGAGUGCCUGAUGCUGGUGAUGGAGAUGGCUUCUGCUGGGCCACUCAACAAGUUCCUCUCCACCAAUAAGGAUAAGGUCACAGUGGAGAACAUUGUGGGGCUGAUGCACCAGGUGUCUAUGGGAAUGAAAUACCUGGAGGAGAAGAACUUUGUGCACAGAGACCUGGCAGCUCGCAAUGUCCUGCUGGUCAACCAACAGUUCGCCAAGAUCAGUGACUUUGGCCUGUCCAAGGCUUUGGGUGCUGAUGACAACUAUUACAAGGCACGCACUGCAGGAAAAUGGCCGCUGAAGUGGUAUGCUCCAGAAUGCAUGAAUUUCCACAAAUUCUCCAGCAAGAGUGAUGUCUGGAGCUUCGGUGUCACCAUGUGGGAAGCCUUUUCUUUUGGAGGGAAACCAUACAAGAAAAUGAAAGGUCCUGAGGUGAUCAGUUUCAUUGCCAGUGGGAGCCGCAUGGAAUGUCCAUCUGGAUGUCCAGAUAAAAUGUAUGCUCUGAUGAAGGACUGCUGGACAUACAAACACGAGGACCGGCCAGGCUUUGUGAAGGUGGAGGAGCGCAUGCGAGGCUUUUAUUACUCUAUAUCCAACAAAACUCUGCCUGGGGGGACCACAGACGCGUCUGAGCCUCUCAAAUAGUCCAGGGACAAGAUACACUCUGUCCCCGCACCACACAAUGCAAUCUUUGAGACAGACAAUGAGCCUCUUAUGAACUGGGAACAAGCUGACGGCUUCAGAAACAGGCAGCAACAGUAAACAGCUCAACAAGCCUUAUUGACGCAAAUGUGAGUCUGUAAUGAAAGUAAUUCAUAUUAGAACAGCCUUUUUAUUAGCUCAGGACUGCAUCAUUUGUUGGUUUGAAUAGUUUGGAAGAAACGUUUAAAAAAUGGUACAUGUUAGAAUUGUAAAACUGCAUAUUGAAAGUGUAAUUCCCUGAGAAUAUAAUUAGGUCUAGUAUGAAUUCUGUUUCUAUGUAUGUGCUUUAGCUCUCUAUACAUUUGUUAACACGUCAUGAUGAAUAAAACAUGUCACAGAAUAUGGUGUAUGUAUAUCAAGUAAUUGAGGAAAUUAUUUUUUAAUAAAUUAUGAAACAGA